AUGGCGGCUGAGGCCAAAGUUGCUCUCAAAGUAAAGGAAGAUACAGGCAAAAAGCAGUGUCCAAAAGAAGAUCAGAAUAACCGUGAACUACCAUCAAUUCCGGUAGUCAUAUACGAUCCAGCUACGAGAUUUGCCGACAUUGAGCAGAUUGGCAAGGGCGCAUAUGGAAAAGUCUUCAAGGCUCGCUUGAAAGACACCACCGUGGCAGUGAAGGUUGUUGAUAUCAGAAAGGGUCAAACUGAUAAUAAUGAAGCGAUACAGGAGAUCCGUAUCCUUGAACGACUUAAUCAGCACAACAACAUCGUGACGUUUUACGACGCCGUGAUCCAUAAAACGCGCCCUCAGAACAAACUGUGGUGUACUAUGGAAUACUGUGGAGGAGGAUCACUGGCAGACAUAAUCAGCUCCACAAGGAACCAGAGCCUCCCUGAGCGCUCUAUUCAAUACAUUUCCAGGGAGGUUUUAAAGGGCCUCGAUUACAUUCAUAACAACCUUGUAAUACACACGGACAUCAAAGGGGCCAAUAUUGUAUUGACUGAACAGGCAGAGGUCAAGAUAAUUGACUUCGGAUUGGCUAAAGAGAUCCGUUACCCAGGCCAAAGAGUCAGUGAGUACUCAGGAACCCCAUGGUACAUGGCACCCGAAGUGAUCAUCACUCUUUAUUUGCCUGAAAUUGGAUACACCGUUAAGUGUGACAUCUGGUCCUUCGGGAUAACCAUCAUAGAAAUGGCCCAAGGCGAUCCACCGAAUAGAGAUAUGCCAGCAGAACGUGCCAAGAUUAACAUCUUCAGAGGGGAUCCACCAGAGCUGCAAUCCAAGCGCUGGUAA